GCUGCCCUCCAUCUUUUAUUUUAAUACAACUCAGAGCCACCCCUGAAGGUGUUCCAACUAGUGGAGGGCUGAAGUGUCUGUUGUUAUGAAUGCAAUGCUUUUUCCCCCAUGGACAAACUAGAGUGGCCUAAACGUGCGCUGUUCUUUAACUCGCGCGCACAGACUUGUGUGCGCGCUCCCGAAUCGCCCUCCGUGCGCGCUCUCGUUCCACGCUUGAUCCUCGCUCGUAGUAGCACUCUCCCGGUGACGACGCCGCUUAUCUGAGGCUACCGAAUAGCUGCUUCGCGGUGUUAGUAAGCGGAGUGCGGGCGGGACAGCCUCCAAUAGAGCCGACGUUUACUCGGAGGCUCAUUAUACCUCCCUUUCACUGUACGACGAGGCCUCCUUUGGUCAGUGAGGCUUCCCCCUCCGCCGGCCCCGAUUCUGUGCUUAGAGGGACCCCAACCCGUAGCAAAUAUUCCGGAGAAAAAGAGACUCCCGGAGAGGACAGCAGCGGAGAUGGAGGCGGUGGGGCCUGGCCCUCCACCGACUAACCUCUUCCAGCCUCCGCGGCGUCCUGGCCUGGGAACAUUGGGAAAGUCAAUUCGACUACUGGCAAACCAUUUUCAGGUUCAGAUCCCAAAGAUAGAUGUCUACCAUUAUGAUGUGGACAUCAAGCCAGAGAAAAGGCCAAGGAGAGUCAACAGGGAGGUGGUGGAUACAAUGGUACGUCAUUUCAAGAUGCCAAUUUUUGGAGACUGCCAGCCAGGUUAUGAUGGUAAAAGGAACAUGUACACUGCUCAACCACUACCAAUUGGCAGGGACAGAGUUGAUUUGGAAGUGACACUUCCUGGUGAAGGCAAAGACCAGACUUUCAAAGUCACUAUUCAGUGGGUUUCUGUAGUGAGCCUUCAGCUUCUUUUAGAGGCUCUAUCUGGGCAUCUAAGUGAAGUUCCGGAUGAUUCUGUUCAGGCUCUUGAUGUAAUCACUCGCCAUCUACCAUCCAUGAGGUACACACCAGUUGGUCGAUCCUUCUUCUCUCCUCCUGAAGGUUAUUAUCACCCACUCGGUGGUGGGCGAGAAGUAUGGUUUGGCUUUCACCAGUCUGUUCGUCCAGCCAUGUGGAACAUGAUGCUCAAUAUUGAUGUUUCUGCAACCGCUUUUUACCGUGCUCAGCCGGUCAUAGAAUUUAUGUGUGAAGUCCUAGAUGUGCAGAAUAUCAAUGAGCAAACCAAGCCUCUGACUGAUUCACAGCGUGUCAAGUUCACCAAAGAAAUAAGAGGUCUGAAAGUUGAAGUGACACACUGUGGACAGAUGAAAAGAAAAUACAGGGUUUGCAAUGUUACAAGAAGGCCAGCAAGCCACCAGACGUUUCCUUUGCAGUUGGAGAAUGGUCAAGCCAUGGAGUGUACUGUUGCACAGUACUUUAAGCAGAAAUAUAGCUUACAGUUAAAAUAUCCCCAUCUCCCUUGCCUACAAGUGGGACAGGAGCAGAAACACACAUACCUACCACUUGAGGUUUGUAAUAUUGUAGCUGGCCAGCGAUGUAUUAAGAAGCUGACCGACAAUCAGACCUCCACUAUGAUCAAAGCUACAGCCCGAUCUGCUCCAGACAGACAGGAGGAGAUUAGCAGGCUGGUGAAGAGUAACAGCAUGGUUGGUGGACCAGAUCCUUACCUUAAGGAGUUUGGUAUUGUUGUUCAUAAUGAAAUGACAGACCUUACAGGCAGAGUGUUACCAGCACCGAUGCUUCAGUAUGGAGGACGGAAUAAAACUGUGGCCACCCCAAACCAGGGUGUUUGGGACAUGAGAGGAAAGCAGUUCUACGCUGGUAUUGAGAUCAAAGUUUGGGCUGUUGCUUGUUUUGCACCACAGAAGCAAUGCCGAGAAGACUUGUUAAAGAGUUUCACUGAUCAGUUAAGAAAGAUCUCAAAAGAUGCAGGGAUGCCCAUUCAAGGUCAGCCUUGCUUCUGUAAAUAUGCUCAAGGUGCUGACAGCGUGGAGCCAAUGUUCAAACAUCUAAAGUUGACAUAUGUUGGUCUUCAACUUAUCGUUGUGAUUUUGCCUGGCAAGACCCCGGUUUAUGCGGAGGUGAAACGAGUAGGGGAUACACUACUUGGUAUGGCCACCCAGUGUGUUCAAGUGAAAAAUGUAGUCAAGACGUCUCCUCAGACUCUAUCAAACCUCUGCCUGAAAAUCAAUGCCAAGCUAGGGGGAAUUAAUAAUGUGCUGGUGCCUCACCAAAGACCUUCAGUGUUUCAGCAGCCGGUUAUAUUUUUGGGAGCUGAUGUAACACACCCCCCUGCUGGGGAUGGCAAGAAACCUUCCAUUGCUGCUGUAGUGGGCAGUAUGGAUGGACAUCCGAGCCGCUACUGUGCCACUGUGCGUGUUCAGACCUCACGCCAAGAGACAACCCAAGAGUUGCUGUACAGCCAGGAAGUUAUUCAAGAUCUUUGCAACAUGGUUCGGGAACUGCUUAUUCAGUUUUACAAGUCAACCCGCUUCAAACCAACAAGAAUAAUCUACUAUAGAGGAGGUGUUUCUGAAGGUCAAAUGAAACAGGUAGCAUGGCCAGAGCUUAUGGCAAUUCGAAAGGCCUGCAUAAGCUUGGAAGAGGAUUACAGGCCUGGAAUUACCUACAUUGUUGUACAAAAGAGGCAUCAUACAAGGCUUUUUUGUGCUGAUAAAACAGAAAGGGUUGGAAAGAGUGGCAAUGUGCCAGCAGGAACUACAGUGGACAGCACAAUAACACAUCCGUCAGAGUUUGAUUUCUAUCUCUGUAGUCAUGCUGGGAUCCAGGGAACAAGUCGUCCGUCUCAUUACCAGGUUCUAUGGGAUGACAACUGCUUCACUGCUGAUGAGCUCCAGCUACUUACCUAUCAGCUGUGUCACACAUAUGUGCGUUGCACACGAUCUGUUUCCAUCCCUGCUCCUGCCUACUAUGCUCGACUGGUUGCAUUCAGAGCAAGGUAUCAUCUUGUGGAUAAGGAUCAUGACAGUGCUGAAGGAAGUCAUGUAUCUGGUCAGAGCAAUGGUCGAGAUCCUCAGGCUCUGGCCAAAGCUGUUCAGAUUCACCACGACACACAACACACAAUGUACUUUGCCUGACAGCACAGUGAGAACUGGCACAAACUCUCCUCAUACUUCUUUUCCAAGCCCUGAAAUCUUCUGUUCAGCAGGCUUCCCUGUAAUUUUCAGGGCCAAUUCUGUCUCUUGGCUUCCCACCAGCACAUUUUGGACUUUUUGCACUGAAUCUCUUUAUGAUGGCAUUUGAAUGGAGGAAAGAUGCAGACAUUUUUAUUUAGUUAUAUCAAAAAACUUAUGGAUUGUCUUCUGAUGCAUUGGACUGAAUAUUUACCUCAAGCUCAAAAGAUAUCUGAACAUUUUACUCCAAGCAACUCUUUUUGUGUUAAUUGUUUUAAUUUGCAAGCCAGCAUUUCUCCAUCCUUGGUUGUAACAAAAAUGUACGUGCUUUUUGUCUCCACAUGCUGCUUUGCGACUGUACUUAAAUGGAAAAGUGUAUCUGAGUGGGGCCAUAGACUCGCUAUAUGAGGUUUAGUCCUUACUGUAAAAUACCUUCUUAAUGUUUUUACAGGUAAUGCCGUCUGUCAGGUUCUUAACCAUUGCAAACUUGUACUUUUUAUGAGUGUAGGCUGCAAAUCUAUUGCACUAUAUUGCAUAUUAAUUAAGGUAAGUUUUUAUUUCUGUAUAAAAUGAAUGUGUAAUAUUAAGAUUUAAUAUAAGGGCCAUGUGGCGAGCACUGCCAUAUAACUUUUCACAUGCAGAUUGCCAUUAUUCUUCCUUUCCCAGGCACUUUUGCUUCCCAGGAAAACAAUAUGAUAGUAUUUUGCCAGCACACACACAGACGCCUGUGUCGAUGCUGCUGCAGUUUAAGUUUUUACACUCGGAGGGAUGGGGUGUGGGGUACAAUUUUAUGGCAAUAAAGCAUUUUAGUAUCUAACAUGAUUUCAGCAUCCUCCUGGAUUUUGGGUGUUGUAUGGUGUAGAUGUUUUCUCCUUUCAGCAAAUUUGUGGGGAAUAUAAUUUUCAAAAUCACUUUCUCACAACUAUGGUUUUCUGUUAAUGAAUUUUUUCUAUCAAAUGGAGAUUGUUACUUCCAGUAAAGCCUAUGAACUCUAGACAAUUCUAGAACCCAUGGCAUAGAAUUAUUCAUUGCCAGCAGGGCAGGCCCUGCAUGUGCAAAGAAUUCAACUCCAUCACUGGGAGAGAUUUAGGCAGCUUUGGGCCAGCUGAGACUACACAAUUUAUACCAGCAUUUUAUAUUCGUGUUGGUCCUCUGAACGCAAGUGUGUGUUCUUAUAAUCAGCAUGUACAUAAUUUUCCUAUUAUACCUUUACUUAGUAUCAUUUUUAUGAAUGAAAACCGACCGAAUUACAUAUGCUCUUUGCUAUCCUUCUUGCUCUCUCUCAAAUCUAAAAGGUACUUCAAACUUUUACAGUGCUCUACUACCUGCAGACAUGCAGGUUUUUUUUGAUGUGGCAACUCCAUUAAUUUCAACAAGCCCUGUCUUUUUUUUUUUCUUCUUUUGUAUACCUCAGUUGCAUUCACUGUUUUUCUGCUCUGAUUAUCCGUAUUCUUACAGCAUGACAACAGGAUUGACCAGCGGUUUCUUUUUCUUUACUUCUCUCCAUAUUUACAAAAACACAGAAUAUACCUCACUGGGACAGUAGAAGUUGUGAACGGGAGGGUUAUUGUGCUGCUUUGGGCUUUAUUGCUGCUUGGUAACCCACUUUAGUGCCAGGCCUCCUGAAAGUGCUAUGGUAGUAAUCUUUUGUAUGUAAUAUGUUUGCAGCUUGAUGAGAAUCUCUGUAUGACCUUGAUAGCUUUGCAGUGUUGAUUGGUGAUGAUUUAUUCAGCAGUUCAAUUCACCAAGAUUAUAGCUGGUCAUACACAAAAAGCUUUCCACAGACCACUAUAAACAUAUAGUAAAUGCACACUAAAUUUUUUAUAUGGUGCAUGCCUUAGUUGGUCCACUGUAAUUAUUUGUAUAUUAUCUAAUUAGACUGAUCAUAAAUUGAUUGGGCCACAUUAGAAGAGCAGCCGGAUAUAAUCUCUGAUUUGCUGAUGCAUACAACAGCCAGGCUUUCUAUUCUCAGUGACCACCGAUCACACCCAAAUGAAAUUGUUGGAUGUAGUCAUUCAGAGGAUUUCUAGAGUAACUGCCCAGUUUGGUUUAAAGUGAUGAUUGUUAGACCUGAUACAUUAUGAUUAGAUUAAUAAUAAUUUUACCACAGGGAAGCUCUUUGGCAACCUUGGCUGAGGCUUUCUCCCUCUUGAAACUGUUUCUCAGUCCUGGCAUUAAGUGAGUGAUGUUUCUAGGAGUUGUCAUUCACAAAAUAUGGAGGUGUAGGGUUCACAUAUUUAAACGACUAUGUUUAGUGCUACAUUGCAGUAAUUGUCACUAGGCUACUGCAUCAAGUUGCGCACCAUUUACUAGUGAAGGUUUGGUUUAGAAACCCAGUUAGGCUUAAACCCCACUCUUAACUAGCAAGACUGAGCAUUUAUUUUAUGUGACAGACAAUGACUGAUAUUAGUAGAUUGCCUAUAUAAUACAGUGCAAACUAGUACUAAAACAUCCAAAAUUAAUAUUAACAUGAAUUUGCAGUCAUUUCUGUCUUAAUCCAAGUAUAAAAUGUUAAUACUAAUGACAUAUUGAAGGUCAGUGAAAGAAUAAUAAUGCAGACCUUUUACCAGUACUAUUUGUGCAAUAUGUAAAUAAAAACUUGUAUGCAUUGCUUAAUCCAGAGUCAUCGCAAAUAACUGUAAACUGCAGAAGGCUAUUGCUUUUCACCCCUCACUACAUAAUUGUAAACUGCAGAAGGCUACUGCUUUACACCCGCACCACAAAUAGUGUUUUUAGCCACUCUGGGUUAGCUGCGAUCAUCAACAGUGUUUUCUAUUUACAGAUUUCUAGGCUUGCAGAAUAAGCAACAAACCAUAACCGUGCCAUGAGCUUCAGUAUGCAGCCAACUUUAUUGCAGUGUCUAGCUUUGGCCACUUGACUCUUAAAAGGGUCUUGUAUAUAGAUAUAAAACUGAGCCAGGAUACCUACAGUGGAGGAGAGCUGUACAGUUUGGCAAGUAUGAUUUUGUCCUUCUUAAGACUCCAAUAUCAGAUGCAUUUGUUUUCUUUUUAUUUGUUUGAGUUCUGGUAAAUUGAGGCUAAAGGGACAUGAGUGGGCAGGAGGGAAGGUAAGCAUUAAGUUGACGUGGGGGUAUGUGUUUUGUAAAUUUUAAAACACUGUACAGUUUGUAUUGCAGCAAUUCUAUUGUGAACUGGUUUGACUUUUUUUUUUCUUUCCUAGUAAAUAGCAGGGGUGUGCAUGGAUUACUGUUUUGGGGAAAAUUUAUACUGUACCAGUUGAGGUUUGAGUAGCUGUUGCAGAUUUUAGUUUUUCUCUCAUUAAACUUUUUAAAGGGAAUCUGUCUUGCCGUGAAUGUUUAGGAUUUUUUUCCCCCUAAAUGUAUGUGUUUUUCUAAUCUGUAUUUUUCCAUUCUUACUGGCAGUUGUUUGUUUUUCUGGGUUCUUGAAUUAUUUCUGAGUUCUCAAUGCGGUCUCUAGACUUGUCCAGUUACAACCUUUUCCUAUACCCAGUCAACCCAUGACUUGUGUGUAAAAGUAUAAAGGGAAAAAAAUGUAAUGCAAGUAUCUGCUUGAAAAUGGCCCAUUAUUAGAACUCUGUAUACCAUACUGUGUAAUGGAGGUACAUGUGACAUGGCUACAAAGUAUGCAUAAUUACAGAUUGUUUAAAUGUUAAUCCUGCAGGCUUUUUGUGCUAUUGUUUUCAUGGUAAGGGGCAUCCUACUUCCAGGACUGUUUUAAAGAAAGCAUUAAAUGUUUCGAAUGAUGGAUUCCCUUUAAACUGAUCUUAAUUAUAUCUAGGUAGACUGCAGACUGCUGAAAACUGCAAUGGAAGGAUAAUCUGUGGUUUCCCGAGAUUGGUGGCAGUGGUGAUAGUCCAGAAUUUGUGUUGGACUUGCCUUCAGAUAAUUGUAUCAAGGUGAAGAGAGACUUGUAGCAAUGCUCAUAAGAGUGUUUUUGGUGCAUUAAACCAGCACUUUGGCAUAACCUAUGAAUGCAACAGCCUGCCUGUCUAGGGGUUUAUUUGCAGAGUGGUCUCAAGGUAGGUUUAGUCUAUGUAGAUAGUUGUAGCAUAAGCAUUUUAACUCUUAACACUUGCGCUAAUGACAAUCUUACAAAUUACAUUGUCACAGAACUGACCAUUUUUUACUGUCCGAAUCUUACUUGUAACUGAUUCUCGCCAAUUUUAAUAUUUUGUUAGAAAGGAACAUGCUUUUUAUUAUCUUUCAGAUUUGCAGUUGUGUGACUUUGCAGUGGGUCACUUAGUACUUCAGUCUGUAUUCUUUUCCUCUCCUAGGAAUGGCUUGCUCUUACAUGAAAUAAUGGUAGAAUGUCUGUCAAAUGUUGUAUACUUUCUGCUUUACAGGUCCCAUGGUUCUGGUUUUCAUAAAUUGAGAAGCACUUUUUCCUUAUUUAUUUUGUUUGUUUUUGUUUUUUUGCCAUGGACUGCUUUCCUUGCCAAGCACAUAUAAUAUAUCUUGUUGACAAGGCAGUUAGUUGAUCUACCAACAAUGAAUGUUUUCCCAUUCCAGUCCAUACUAUGGGAAAAGCAUGUUGUCUUGCAGUGUGUUGUCCAUCAGUGAGAAAUGACUGACUGGGCAGAAAGGGGGUAAUGAAAUCAUCAAUACUCUUCAGAGAUGGUAUUUAACGGGAGUGACCUGGACACAUCAAUUAUAUUUUUAAGGUUACUCACCCAUUUUAUUAGGAAGUACUAUCCAAAAUACUAGAUUAUGCAUAUGUGAAAUUACAUUUACAGUAGUGUCCCUUUAUGAGGGCUAAUUCCCCUACGCUGACUCUUAUUUGUUAGCAAUUAUGUAGCCAAAUGCAGGCUUGCUUGAAAAGGGACACCACCUGCUUUCUUUGAGGGCAUUUUAAAAAAUUUCAAGCUUGUUUUUGCGUAAUUUAUGACCUGUGUGACAUUUGAAAAGUUUACUAUUAUAACAUUUUUUUUAAAUUCCCCCUAGCAAAUGAGUAUAAAGUACGUUUCCUUAUUUCUUAUAGUAUUUCUUUCUUUGUCUAGAAGUGGGGAUUCCUUGUAUAAACUUUGCAAUUAUUGAAUUUUUGAUGUACAUUUCUUUUGGUUUCUAUAUUGUCAAUAGAUGUUUAAAUCGUGUUAUAUGAAAUUUUCAGUGGAUGUAUGUCUAUAGCAAUACGAGGUAAUUUUUUUUAAAGCUAUUUAAGGAUGGUUUAGCAGCCCCUAUUGCUAGACUUGAGAUGCUGGCUGUGUAAUUUUUUAACUUUGCAGGGAUAUAAUUUGUUUUAUGUGUCUAAAAUAAAAUAUAAAGGCAGUAUGCCAAAUAAA